AUGGUUUUACCAUCUCACCUACAAGGGAACUUGACACCCACAGAGAUUAAUUUUCUAGCUGAGAAUGAACUUAUUACUAUACUCCCCAGGUACUCAAUUAAAAAAAUAAACCUAAUUGGUGUAACAGUGCCAAACUUACGAGCAAUGAGACGAGAGAAAGUUCCACUAUGGGUGGCUCUUAUAUUAAAGACCCAGGAUAAAUGCAAUAUAGUCCCGCCCAAAUGGCUAAAUGUCAAUUAUUUAAAAGAAAAAUACGAUGAUGAAAUAAGGAAACCAACACAAUUCAGUGACCUACCUUGGAACUGGCUUGAACUAUCCAAAAUACUCCUCACUAAAGCAUCUGACGAUUUGCAAGACUCGGUUUCUGAGCUACGAUCGAUAAUACAAGAUUUGCGGGAAAUUCGAUUAAUCAAGUCUCGCAAAGGUUUGAAAGAAUUGAAUGAGUCAAACAUUGCCUUGAAUGGGUUGUCUUUACUAGAGAUUAAUGAAAUUAGACCAUUUGUGCUUCCUGUGAUGAAUAAGUUACGUCAGAUGCAUGAUACUACUUUGAAGCAUGAUGCUGGGACAAAUGAGGAAAAUAUGGCGGAUGUUACAGAUGAUGAGUAG